AUGGGUGUGGAGCCUACUUCGGAACCGAACCCGUCGCCUUCAUCCUCUGCGCGGACACCUCGCCGGGAGAAUGGUGAAGACGAGCUACAGGGAGCAACGGACUUGGUGAAGGAGACUCAUCCACCACAUAGCACCGCCGCAAAUGCUCCCGGGCAGCAGCCAGCGGGCGAACAGGAGGACCCAGCGAACGAGGCAUCGGACGCCUCACUUCUCGUAUUCGACUUUGGCGCGCCUUCCAAACCCACCGCACGGCCCGGCCGGCGCCUCCUCGCUGCCCGUGCUCAGAAAAAGCAGGACGAAGCCGCUCGCGUCGCUGCGGCCCAGCCCUCGGCAUCGAGUACUCCUCUUACUCCUACUCCUACUCCUACUCCUACUAGCACGGUGGACCUCCCCUCCACGCACGCCCUCUCGGACGAUGGUGUCAGCAGCAGCGGCACUGGAAGCGACAAAGAGAGCAGCUCCUUCCGGACCCAGCCUCUUCAUCCUACUCCCAUCGAGACGCACCCCAAGCAGCUCUUAAGUGCGGAGGAAGACUCGACUCUGGAGCCUAAGGCGCCCGCACCCGCUGCAACCAUCGCUGUCGAGCACAACACCGACCGCCCGAUCGAUAAUGCGGGCGCCUUUGUGCCCUCGGCCGUCCACGUUUCUAGCCCGCCGAGUUCUGAGCCGGAGGAGCGCGGGCUUUUGACAUCGGGCCACGUGGCGUCCGCAUUUGACAUGCACGGCGGAGCCCUUGUUGCGGCGAGUGUCCAUGAUACGCAUCCCCUGCCAACCCUCGGAGAUGUGGUGGAUGACGCAUUCGACCUGGACCUCUCCAUGUGCGAGGACACUCUGCCUGCAGCGCCGUCGCCCGAAGAGAAUCGCCAGGCCAGCAUGGUGGCGCCACCAUCUCCUCGGGAGGGCACGGAGAGCCGGGGCGGCGAAGCAGCAGCUCCCCUCCUCCUCCAAGCACAGCAGGCCAGGGAAUGGGAACUACGCUACCGUGAGGAGCACACGAAGCUGGAGUCAGUGCAAGCGCUCUUGCGCGAAUACGAAAGGGAUCUCGAGCUCGUGCUGCGCCAGCACGAGCAGUUUGAGCACGAGCAGCGACUCCGCCUCCAAGGCGAGAUGGAGCUGGGCGAGUUGAAGGCGGAGCUGGAGGGCAUCACCGAUUCGUUUGCGGACAUCAAGCGGCGGUACGACGAAGCCAAGAACCUCAACGAAAGCUUGCGAAAGAACGAAGGCACGCUGGUGGAGGCUCUGCACAAAGCCGAGGAAGCUCGCGAUGAGGCCGAGGCCCGCUUCGAGGCCCUGCGCGCGCACGCCGAGGAGAAGCUCGCCAUCGCGGCGUCGGAAGUACAGAAGGUCUCCGAGGCGAGCCUGCAGGCUGAGUCGUCCCGACAGGCGUUGGACGCCGCUCUCGAGGAACAGAGCAAGCUCGCUGCGUUCUGGCAGGCGCGCGCCCUCAUCGCCGAAGCUAAGCUGCCCGGGCUCACCCAGGCCAUCGCCUCCAAGGAGCGGGAGAACCAGGAGCUGCUCGCCAUCUGCGACCAGCUCGUCGCCUCCCUCCAGCCCCUCGGAGGAGAGGGUGGCAGCAGCAGCGGCGGCGGUGCCACCGCAGUGGUGGCGGCACCUCCCCCCCACAGCAGCUUCGAAGCCUCUCCCCACCACCCGACGCCCACCCCUGCAGGGGGAGGAAGGUCCGAGGAUGACCCUAGCCCGUCAUCGUCGUCUCUUCUCGCCUGA